AUGGGCGACCGCCAGGAAGACGUUGGGUUCAGGUGCUCAGGCGGCCGGGAAAGCAGGCCACCGUCCGCCUUCAAAUACCUGAGCAGGGACUUUGCCCACGACGAUGAGGAUUCGUGUCAUCGGGGAUUCCGUGCAGCAGCUUGCGCUAACUUCUUUGUACCAUGGGAGUUCUUCCUGUGCGAAGAAAUGGGCGACAUCAACAGCAUCCGGGCGCGGGCGCGAAAGGCGCUGGCUCCGAGAAUAGGAUGUCUCAUCAAUAACGUGCAACUGCUUCGACGACCAGCCGAGGACGCAGAACGCGACGCCAAGCGAUGGGCAUCCUCCUCCGGAGAUGGCCAUCCGACGGUCGGACACGUGGGGACGGACGAUGCGGGCGCAGAAUCUACAGUGAUGUAUCAGUCUAACAGCAUCGGAAACGCAACGCGGCUGAUCGACGUUGUCCGAGGUGCAGUGGACUCGAAUUAG